CUCAUCAUCAGCAGCUGGGUCUCCUGCUGAGAAUGGUCUGCCGGUAGGGACAGGCUGGCCCUGCCACCCUGGCGGGGGGGUUGAUGAGGAAGUGGACAUGGGAGUGGAGCAAAUUAGGAAGUGGCUGUGUUGAUCCCCGGGAUUCUGAUCUUAAAAGCCUUGCCUGUCGUGGAGUUUCUUUUCUCCUUCCUUGUUUAACUUUUUCCGAACUGUUUGUCGGAGGACUUUUCCGGAGGAGUUUGUGUCCCGGGCUAUUGCAUGCGAUGCCAGUGACCUGCCAUGUUGAACCUGGACGGCCUCGAGAUGAUUGCAGUCCUGGUGGUCAUGGGGCUCUUCAUCAAAGUGCUGGAGCAGUUCGGACUCUUCGAGCCAGUCGGUGGGGAAGACAGCAUUGAGGAUGACUUUGAGCUGUCCACCGUGUGCCACCGACCCGAGGGCCUGGACAAACUGCAGGAGCAGUCCAAGUUCACUAAAAAGGAGCUUCAAGUGCUUUACAGAGGCUUCAAAAAUGAGUGCCCCAGUGGUGUGGUCAAUGAAGAAACCUUUAAACUCAUCUACUCCCAGUUCUUUCCCCAGGGAGAUUCAAGUACAUACGCACACUUCCUGUUUGAAGCAUUUGACACAAAUAAGAAUGGAUCAGUUAGUUUUGAGGACUUUGUCGCUGGCCUUAACAUUAUCCUCAGAGGGUCGAUCAACGACCGACUAAACUGGGCCUUCAACCUCUAUGAUCUCAAUAAGGACGGCUGUAUCACCAAAGAGGAGAUGCUGGACAUUAUGAAAUCAAUCUAUGACAUGAUGGGAAAUUACACCUACCCCUGCAUGCAGGAUGACGCCCCGAGGGAACACGUGGAGAACUUCUUUCAGAAAAUGGACCGAAAUAAAGAUGGUGUGGUCACUAUCGAUGAGUUCAUUGAGUCAUGUCAAAAGGAUGAGAACAUCAUGCAGUCCAUGCAGCUUUUUGAAAAUGUCAUCUAAGAGGACCCCACGGAUGGAGGCGACUUUGUGGCCUUGCUGUCUGGACUCCAUGUUGGCCCAAGGACCCUCACAGUUGGCCUCCUUAUACUCCAAUGUCAUUCCUUUCUUUCCUCAGACACUUGAAAAAAAAAAAAGUGGGGUUGGCUUAUAGACACACACAUUUGUUAUUUUUAAUAUUCCUUCAUUAUGUUCCGAGGAAGCUCUUGUGUUGGCUCAUUUCGAAUGACAGUCGCUGUCUGAGGGAGGGGAGAUGGGAGCGUGAACAACACAGGAAGAUGCGGGCGCAUGGAACCACCAGAAAAUGACUGGAAACGUGUCGACAGGGCAUCGUGGUGACGACGGCAACCCUCCCCCUCCCUCCAAUAAUGAACUGAUUUUAUUACCGCAUGAUGUCAUGACUAGUCCACACUUACCUAUUUACCAAGAUACUCCAAAGCCUGUCUGUUGCUCUAUGUCUGUCCAC